AUGGAGAACACAAGUAGUUAUGUUAACCUUUUGAACAGUCAAAGUUCUGUUGACCUUGAAUCACCCGAACCAUUUUGGUUCGGUAGCCAAGAUCCUGAAGAAGCUGUUGUAGAAUCCGCGGUCAAGGAGAGGAGGAAGUGGUCUCUGAAAGAGGACAAGAUCCUUAUUGGUGCUUGGCUUAACACCAGUAAGGAUGCGGUGGUGAGCAAUGAGCAGAAAGCCGGUGCGUUCUGGAAGAGGAUCAUCGAGUACUACAAUGCAAGCCCUCACCUGGUGGGAACAACACCUAGAGAGCUUGGUCAGUGCAAGCAGAGGUGGGCUAGGAUUAACGAGCAAGUGUGCAAGUUCGUAGGAUGCUACGACGCAGCUUUGAGGGAGCAGAGAAGUGGACAAAAUGAUGAUGAUGUGAUGAAAGCUGCACUGGACCUUUUCUACAAUCAUUACUCGGUCAAGUUUAGCAUGGAACAUGCCUGGAGGGAGUUGAGGCAUGACCAGAAAUGGUCGUCCACCUAUGUGGCUAAGGACAGUGGGAAGGAAAAGCGCAAAGUCUCGGAGGUUGAUACAGCAGAUGAAGUGGGAGAACCACAGGGUAGACCUAUGGGGGUUAAGGCUGCUAAAGCUGCUAUGAAGAAGAAAAAAAGUGGUAAAGAGGAGUCAUUGGCAGCGAUACACGCCAUCAUGGAAGUCAAAAAAACAGUCUCUAAACAGAAACUGCUUGAACGUCUACUGGCCAAAAAAGAGCCACUCACUGAGAUGGAAACAUCUCUUAAACUCAAACUUAUGUCUGAGAUGAUAUGA